AAUAAAAUUUUAAAGGAAAUCAGAGUUCUGGCCUCAUUGCUGAGCUCUACUGGGGUCAAAGCUGAUCUGACUGUGAGUCCCAGCAGAUCUCAGUUCUUUGAAUAUGAAUCAGUGACUCUGAUCUGUGAGGAUGGAUGGACUGUGAGGAGAAACACAACCAAAGGAACCAGGACUGAGUGUAAAGAUGGAUGGGGAGAAGCUGAUGGUUCUACCUGUAACAUGACCUUCAUGCACCCAUCAGAUACUGGUCUGUACUGGUGUGAGUCCAUGUCUGGAUCCUCCAGCAGCAGCAGCAGCAUCCAGCUCUCUGUCUCUGGUGGAUCAGUGAUCCUGCAGAGUCCUGUCCUCCCUGUGAUGGAGGGAGAUGACGUCACUCUGAGCUGCAGAGCAAAGAAUCCAACCCACAACCUCCCAGCUGCUUUCUAUAAAGAUGGCUCCUUCAUUGGUGAUGGACCAUCAGGUCACAUGACCCUCCUCCAUGUUUCCAGCUCUGAUGAAGGCCUCUAUAAAUGUAAUGUCAAAGGUCAUGGAGAGUCUCCAUCCAGCAGGAUCUCUGUCAAAGAGAAACCAUCAACCAGAUCAUCUUCAUCUUCCUCCCAGUUUCUCCUCUCUGGUCUCUCGUCUCUAUCAGCUGGUGUUGUUCUGGUUCUACUGGUUCUACUGGUUCUACUGGUCAAACGUCACAUUAACAGGAAAUCUAAAGCUCUGAGGCGGCGCUGCUUCACUACUGUUCUGUACGCCACCAUGACAGAAGAAGAAGAAAAACUUUGAUGCUGAAACUCCUGGAGACAGAAAAUGUUGUUGAUGUGAAACUGGACCCACUGACAACAGGAAGAAAACAUCAGUUCUGUUACUCAGAGAGUUUCUUUAAUAAACUGGAAACAUUAGAAAGUUGUUCAUUCAGAACAAUCUGAUUUAUGAUUCUUACAAUAAAUUAAUGCAGGAGAAUAAAAUAAACUCCAGAAAAAUGUUCACCUGUCCAUCUGAAUAUGUUUGAGUUUUUUCUCUGUAAGCCUCAUGAAUGUAUUUAAUGUUUCAUUCUCAGUUUUCAGUCUCAUGUUUUCAGAAACUGUUUUUAUUUGAAAUGUCUGAAUGUUAAAACCUCAGCAGCUCCAUUGUUUCUCUGCAGCUUCAGCCUGUUGAACCUGCAGCUCUGCAGCUUGUUGCUAACAAACAUGAUGAUCCUGUCUGUCUGUCUGUCUGUCUGUCUGUCUGUC